AAUAAAUGUUUACAACCUCAUAAACUUUGCACACAAGCUUUAUGUAUAAUAGAACAUGAGAAGUACUUCCUUGCCUACCUACUACAGGGAAACUUCUUACUCCUAUUUCUCUUGUAUUUGGUGAUGGCUGAUGUUGAGGCAAAACAGUGUAAUGGGACACUAAACCCUAGCAGGUGUAAGUCCUAGCUCGCGUCUAAAAAUAGUGGUUCUAGUAGAAUCGCAGAGAAUGCGGCCGCUCGUACCUGGGCAGCAUGCAUCCCCCUACCAUCGGCUCUCUGAAAUUUAUGAAGACACAUUUUCAUCCACAAUUCUAGUGCACGAGUGUUAAUACGUGCUGGUUUCCUGGACAACCUUAUCACAGGAUGUAACGUGGGGUGGAGAGGAUCCUUACAUCAGAUUAGCAUAUCACUUUCAUAAUUUCUUUAAGGUAUGUUAGACAAGAAGGUGGUGAAAAAUCUAAAUAUUCUUAAGUGCGUGUCUCAGAGUUUCUCAGUACAUUCCUCAAGAAUACUGGGUAGUUCUAAGGGAGGUUUGGGGCAGCUGCAGGUUGGCAUGGUUACUGCUGAUGUCAGAGUUCCAAAAUGACCCAUCAAUACCUUGGGUGGGUGAUUCUGCUGAUUCUGUGUAGUUGCUCGGUUUGGAAAGCGUCCCCAGUCGGUGCAGCAGACUGCUGAGCUACAAAGGCUGUUUCUGGGAAGUCUUAACAUCAAACGGCAUUUGGCUACAGUUUUUGAACCUUUGCAUCAAAACUGUAUUUCCUUUCAUAUUCAUCGGUCCCACCAAAACCCGUGCGUGUCUGUGGUGGCUGCUGAGAGCAGCAAGCGCAGCCGGUUUUCAGGCCUGUGUGCAAACCCGUCCCGCUCCUCUCCCCAGCCGUGCAGUACGACGACUUGUGUGGAAGCUAUGACUUCAGAGGAACCUGCUGUUUGCUCCUUCGUGGACCAAACCACCUGGGAGCUCCUCAGCCUGCUGGAGAGAGUAGGGAGGAAGAACAGACGGGUGCUGGUGAUGCAGGUGGAUGAUGAAAAUGAGAGAUCUCCCUCAGUGCUGGUGGAUUUUGCCCAGGACCUGUGUGGCACAGCUGACAUCAGGGCUAAACUACAGCAGGCAGAGAGGUUGGAAGAGGAAGAGGAGGAGGAUGUUCAGGCACAUCUGGUUUUUAUUCUGUGGCAAGCCACUCUGCUGAAGCAGCUCAUGCAGUUGGAUCACCUGGAUGAUGCCCUCUGGGAUGUGAGGAACCUCCUCCCCUGCCUGCCAGAUGUGCUGGUGCUGGUGCUGAUCCGUCCAGAUCCCCAGGAGCAGCUGGACCAGACAGUGAGAGCACUGAGGAGAAUGCAGUGUCUGCUGGAUGGGGCCUGGGAACUGGUGGUGGAGACAGCGAUCUACAGCCCAGGCCAGCCUGGUGGCAUGCUGGAGGCAAAGAGAGCUGCGUGUAGAGGACUGAGAGAAUUCCUGAACUGCCAUGAAGAAGUCGACUCCCAGGGUCCAUUUACUGUUUCGCUCCCUGAGUUCAGUUACUGCUGUGCUCUGCCUGAACAUAUGCAACUCAAGGUAUUGAAGACAGCUGGAGAAUGAAUUCCCUCGCACAGCAGACUCUGGCAGAUGUUGUAUAUGCCUAAAGUCUUAACUAUCACCGAAAGAAGUAUUAAAAACCUGUUAUUUAUUUCA